AUGGCAAUCUACGGCGCCGUCCCUCCUCCCGGAGACACCCACAAUCCGACUGCCGAAGCGAACCCCGACGUCCCGCCUCAGUCCCAGACCCCGGUUGCCGCCCUCCUCGCCGCCCAGAGCGCGACGGCGGGCUCCGUUGACAUCGAGGCAUGGACCAUCUCCGCCCUCGAGUCCCUGAGUGUGAGCCCUGUUGCCCGCGGUACCGGCGCGCCGCUCGCCAUCAAUCUCGAUGAGCAGGCUAGGGCUAAGGCCGCCGUCACCAUCGCCGCCGCCGCCACCGACGCCGACGACGCGCUGCCGCCCGCACAGCAGACUCCUAUAAGAAGGCCCCUGAGCAGGAGGGACAGCCAGAAGAAGAGGGACGCGCUGCUGAAGGGCAACGAGGGCAGCCGGCAGCGUCGUCGCUGGGAGAACGACCGUCUCGUCGGCGUCCCCAAUGUCCAACCCCCUCUCCCCAGCGACUGGGAAGUCCACCCGACCUACCCGGUCCAGGUCGUCCCCUACCAGGUCGCCCAGUUCUGGGACACGGGGCUCCGGCAGCGCAUCGAGGACAAGACGUCCAAGCUGCAGGCCCAGCGCAAGCGGCAGCAGCGAAAGGACGGCUCCGCCACGGGCCUCGGCGUCGGCGAGGUGCCGCGCGACCUGCGCGACACGGCCAAGCGCACGCCCGCCGUCCGCGGGUGGGUCCGCGUGCUCGAGGAGCCCGUCCGGGACUUCCUGCGCGACCGCCGCGACGACAGCGACGCCGAGGGCGACAGCGAGGACGAGGAGAUCGUCUUCGUCGGGCGCCGGGGCAUGGCCGCCGCGGGGAAAGGGUGGAAGAAGGCGCGCAGGGAGGUGGGCAGCGAAGAGGUCGACACGGGAAUGGUGUUUGACUCGCUGGGGGAUGACGAGAGCGCCUCGUUCAAGCGAUGGCUAACGCACUCCAUCUCGGACUACUACGGCCUCCAGUCCCACUCCGUCACGACGGGCGAGCCCGCCCGCAAGGUCGUCUACGUGACGGUGCGCGACACGAGCGGGCGCCCGGGGCCCAAGAAGCGCACGAACCUACCCCGGCCGUUGUGGGAGAUGUGCUGA